CCACACUCCAUGAUCCAUCCACCAGGAAGACAACAUCCGCGACCGCACUGGUGGAGCACUCUGGGAAGAAAAACAGGCACGAGGUAAAUCCAGCGCACCCUUAUAAUCGAAAGGGGAACAUCGAACAAAAGCUCACCCAGUGCUGUCAUGAAGUGCAAAGUGCCUGGAUUUAAAACAAUAAAACCUCUACUCUCUAAGAACUCUUUGGAGGAGGAAGAGCGCUAUCUGUUCAUUAGCAACUCAGUCUUCAGUUUUGCAUGGUAUGCUGUUAUCCUAAGAAACAGGAAUAUUUCAGAAAAUGGAUCCAGGAUUGUUAGACUGUGGAUCAUUAAUCCUGAGGAAGCAGACCCAGCUGAAAUCAACAAUACAGCAGUUGUGCCUUCAGCACUAUCCCAGUAUAUUACUAAGCAGUUUUUCAACAAGGGACAGUUCCCAGAGAUUGUGCUGUCUUUAAGCUCAGAAACAUUUCAGAUUUAUUUUACCAGUGGAUGGUACUGGGAAGCUCUGGUUCCUGAUAACCACAAGUACAACAGUUUUUUUGUAGUUGGACAGCCAGUGUCUUUAUGGCAGCAGUUUGUUGCUUCCAGCCAGCACACAUUUUACUGGGCAGAGCCGGCAAAACCAUACAGAGCACAAGAAGUGCCAGUGCGUCUGGCUGCAGGAAGCCAGCUCUCUGUGGUUUGGGGCACGUGUGCUCCCCAUAGAGCUCUGCUUCUGACUGACCAAGGCAUUUUCAUGACUGAGGACUCUUUCGGCACCCACCAGGAGGUGAUGGUGGAGCCAGGCGAUCUGCAUGUGCCUCCCCAAGGCUAUUUCAGAGUUGAUGAUGCUGCUUUGCUGGAAAAUGGCAUUAUUUUCCGCAUUGGAAACACCCUGCUCUGGAGGGCCAAUGAGGACAGAGUCCUGAGGAAGCAUGAAGUGAAGCUGUUCUCUGAAGGAGUCAGAGGCCUCAAGUUUAGAGAGCACUGCGUGGAUCACUACCCUGCGCAGAAUUUUGAGCUGGCCACGGUCAUCACAUGGACUAGCCACAAUCUUUUCAUCGGAGGGAAAAGCCUGAACUUGGAAAAUAGCAACAGCUAUUUUAAAAACACCCUGAUGCCAUUGUGGCCCAAUGCCACAAUCCUGACUGCAUCAUUCGGGUCCUACCCCACCACCCUAGCUGCACUGGUCACAUUCACAGAGUAUGUGCAGCCCCUCCUUCUCACCUACUGUGAAAUAGAGGGUGUGUGGGGAACCAGCCCCUUCCUGACAGCAUACAGGCAGGAAGAUAUCCCGAAGGGACCCUUUCAGAUGAUGUUCAUCAGCUCAGCCCUGUCCAGCCUCCUGAUGUGGAACAGAGAGGUCAUACUCUUCAGUUUUCACAAUGACACUAGAUGGGGUUAUUUGCAUCCUAUCAACGAAACUAAUCUAAGUCAGGCAACCAAUGGAAGCCAUAUCCACCAGGUUGUUAUGGACUCAUCCCUGAACAUGCUGGUAAAGAUGGAGAACAACAUGCUCUUCUUCUGCAAAGUGGGUAUGGAGAGGCUGGUUCGGAUGCACCCCUGGACAGAGCCGGGUGUCCCUGCAGCGCUGUACCUGAACCCGGAGGAGCAGUUCAUCAUGAUAAGCUUGGAAGAGGGCAGAGUGCAAGCACAGAGCUACCCUGUGCGCUCUGAGUCCAGGAGCACCACGCGGGGAGACCCCGAUAGCUGCCCCUUCAUUACGUUCACCCACAGCAUGAGCAAACUUACCUACUAUAUCGACAAAGGCAACUGCUUAGAGCUGUGGGCUGAUGUCGUCUACCCAGAGAACAAAGGUGUAAACGUGCAGUUACUGAGCAACAGAAAGCAGCUGCUAAUGAUUAAAGAGAGGACUUACUUUGAGAGUGUAUAUGGUGUGGAUAAGAAAAACAAGGAGGCAGAUUACAGAAAUGUGCCUAAUUAUUCAGACCUAAUGGUGCAAACAAGUGGCAUUGUAUCUUUUGAGCUACUGCCGGACCAAUUGGGUAACACUUGUGAAAUGCCAAAAAAACAAAUUUCACAUUUUCAUGUUGGCUGCCCACCAAAUAGACACAUUCGAGUUGCAAAGCCAUGGGAAGUGCCAUGUGAAAUGAAUAUUUUUAAAAGCUACACUAUUUCUGGGGCAGUGCUGAGAAAUCCACAACAGGAGGACUUGGUUGCCUGCCUUUGUGAAGCUCAGACAUGGAAGAAGAUGCUUGCUGGAGGAAGUCCGCUGGAAAAGGCCUGGGGUCCUGAGAAUUACAGGAGCUGUUUUGUGCUUGGUUCUGGAAAACUGGGAAACCUUAACCAGCCUUAUGAAGUCAUGAACAGGAGCUCCAUGAAUUAUCUAACAUUUCCAUCAGUAGAGAACACAACCUAUGUCUUUAAUGUCAAGAUACUAGAUCCCAAUUACAGCUUCUGUGACCUGCAGGCUGUGUUUGCUGUUCAGACAUAUGGCGAGAAAAUAUGGUAAGUAAUUAAAUUCAAACUGAACCCUCCUUUAUUACUGACAAUACAGAGGAAACACUAAUAAUUCAUAGGCUAAUUGGGUUAUGUGAAAAGAAGUUUAGCUAUAAAUUACACACUGCAUUAUGGC